UUAAUCAAGGGUCCCACUGGCCACCAUUCGAUCUCACAGAAUUUGGGGGAAUAUGCUGAUGUCCGCUAAAAUUUGGGUAUUACUGCGUAUUAGAGUUGGAAAAAUAUCAAAAGAUUAAAAAACGAAUUUGAGUUUGUUUGAUCGAAUCUGACAGAGGAGAGUGGGAAGAGAGAGAUUGCGCCUAAGAUGUUUGGGUGCAAGUGUUUCCACUGGAGCAGAGUCCUCGAUUUCUCGCCACCGGAGCCUGAAAGUUUCUCACUGCCGGCUCCGAUUCCACAAUGGCCCCAAGGUCAUGGAUUUGCUACCGAAAGAAUAAAUCUUGGAGAAAUUGAAGUUCUCAAAAUCACGAAGUUUGAGUUCAUUUUGGAAUGCAAUCUUUUACAGGACAAGAAAAAAGGGGUCUCAUUUUAUAAACCAGUUGGAAUACCAGAUGGAUUUUUCUGUCUUGGUCACUACUGCCAAUCUAAUGACCAGCCUUUACGAGGGUUUGUACUGGUGGUGCGGGAAGUGGGUUUGCGUGAACCACAAAAUUCUUUCAUUUGCAACCCAGAUAACUCUCCGCCUCUUCUUAGCCCCCUCGAUUAUACGUUAGUUUGGAGUCCAGAUGAUGGGAGUGAGGAAAAUCUCGAGGGAUGUGGUUAUUUCUGGUUGCCUCAGCCGCCUGAAGGUUAUAAAGCUAUGGGUUUCGUGGUCACCAACAAGCCAGACAAGCCUGAGCUGGAGGAAGUUAGAUGUAUUCGAGCUGACCUGACAGAUAAAUGUGAAACUUACUGUUUGAUACUAGAUACAAGUUCUAAAUUUCCCAAAUUACCAUUUCAAGUAUGGAGCACCAGACCCUCUCAUCGGGGAAUGCUUGGGAGAGGUGUAUCUGUUGGGACUUUUUUUUGCAGUACCUAUUGGAGUUCUACGGAAGACCUACAUAUUGCAUGCUUGAAGAACUCUGACCCCAUUCUGCAUGCAAUGCCAGAUCUUGAUCAGAUUCAUGCAUUAAUCAGACACUAUGGUCCCACUGUUUACUUCCAUCCCGAUGAAGCUUAUUUUCCAUCACCUGUUUCAUGGUUUUUCAAAAAUGGUGCAAUUUUAUGCAAGAAGAAUGAGUUGGUUGGUGAGGCCAUUGAUCCUGAAGGCUCGAAUUUGCCAGUUGGUGGGACAAAUGAUGGGGAAUAUUGGAUAGAUAUGCCAAGUGAUGAUCGGAGAGAGAGUGUCAUGCAAGGAAAUUUAGAAAAUGCAAAACUUUACAUACAUGUGAAGCCAGCUUUAGGUGGAACUUUUACUGAUAUUGUGAUGUGGGUUUUUUGUCCCUUUAAUGGUCCAGCUACUCUGAAGAUUGGUAUUAUGAAUCUUGCCCUUAGCAAGAUUGGACAGCAUGUCUGUGACUGGGAACAUUUCACACUUCGUGUAAGUAACUUCACAGGAGAGCUUUGGAGUAUCUAUUUCUCACAGCACAGUGGGGGCCAGUGGGUGGAUGCUUUUGAUUUGGAGUUCAUAGAGGGAAAUAAAACUAUUGUUUACUCAUCGAAAAGUGGCCAUGCAAGCUUCCCUCAUCCUGGGAGCUAUCUUCAAGGGUCCAAAAAGCUUGGGAUUGGAGUGAGGAAUGAUGCAGCACGUAGCGAUUAUUACAUGGAUUCAAGCAUCCAGUAUGAAAUUAUUGCAGCUGAAUAUCUUGGAGAUGGAGUUGUUAGUGAGCCAUGUUGGUUGCAGUAUAUGAGAGAGUGGGGUCCGACCAUUGUGUAUGAUUCAAGAACUGAGCUGGAUAAGAUCAUCAAACUUUUGCCACUGAUGCUUAGAUAUUCAGUGGAGAAUAUUUUUGAUAAGUUUCCGUUGGAGCUGUAUGGUGAGGAAGGCCCUACUGGACCAAAGGAGAAGAACAACUGGGUGGGAGACGAAAGAUCCUAGGUUUGUCCAAGACUCCCAACUUCUUUUUUGGAUAAUCGCUCUCCAUCUACCAUUAUGUUCAUAUUACGCAGGUAGAAUACGUAAAUAUUUUAGUUUGUCUUGCUGUGACCAUAUGUAUAAUUGUCAUACGUGUUUUAAAGACCGAUAGCAUUUGGAGACGGACCCCAUUCAUAUGGGAUGAAGGCAAGGAUGAUGAUGAUGAUUUGGAGACGGACAGUAUAGUGCCUCUUGUCAAGUGAAGUAAAUUGGAACGGUGAAGUAAAAGGAUUGGGUUGUUUAUACUAGGCAUGUUGAAGAUCGGUCGAGGAUUGUCCAAAUAUAUAUCAAACAUUGAAUUGUUAAGAGAUCUUAUACUGAUAGUGGGUUGAGUAAUAAAUUCUUCGGCCGUAGAGGAAAUUUGUUAGAUAGCUUAAGCCACAAGAGAAGACAUUUAUUGAGAAGAUUAUAAAUCUUGAAACUAUGUAAAUGAUUGUGAUAUUAAAUUUUAUUAGUGUUUGGAUUUAUGUAAAAUGGAGCAUUUGGUA